CAAACCAAAAUGCGGAGAGAAAACAUCACAACACUAUCAUGCGAAUUUUCGUGCAAACAGGCGCUUGAGAGAGCAUCGAUCUGGACCGAAGUUUCAUGACGCUGUGACAGCCGACAGCUGCAAAACAUCUCAGUGAGCAUGUCUGUGGAAACGCGCUUAGCAUUCUCCAUCGUGCAGUUCCUCAGAGAACAAACAAACCGGGGGUCUCUCAGCUCUGAUGAGCAGGAAAGCCUCGAAGUUGCAAUACAGUGUUUGGAGACCACGUUUAAGAUCAGCCCAAGUGACUGUCACCUGGCUGCUCCUCAACCUCUCUCUGAGAUCUUCCUUAAUUCCCUGCUGAAGAAUGACAACCUGACCACCCCAGAGACAUCCCCUCCUCCAGAGACUCUAGAGAGGGCAGAGCUGCUAAAGAACGAAGGCAACAAUCACAUGAAGGAGGAAAACUACACCUCCGCCGUGGACUGCUACACAAAAGCCAUUGAUCUGGACCAAAGAAAUGCUGUUUACUACUGCAACAGGGCAGCGGCGCACAGUAAACUGGGUCACUACACCGAGGCCACAGUAGACUGUGAGCGAGCCAUAGCAAUUGACCCCACCUACAGCAAGGCAUAUGGGCGAAUGGGGCUGGCGCUGACGUCCAUGAGUAAAUACCCUGAUGCCAUCUCCUACUUCAAGAAGGCCCUGGUGCUCGACCCAGACAACGACACCUACAAAUCCAAUCUGAAGAUUGCAGAGCAGAAACAAAGGGAGGUGACCAGUGUCCAGACUGCCACAGGAUUGGGUUUCGACAUGGCCAGCUUGAUCAAUAACCCUGCAUUCAUAAGUAUGGCUGCAAGUGUGAUGCAGAACCAGCAGGUGCAACAGCUCAUGUCAGGAAUGAUGUCCAACGCAGUGGGAGACCAUGCUGCUGGUGUGGGAGGUCUGUCAGACAUCGGUAGUCUGAUUGAAGCAGGCCAGCAGUUUGCCCAGCAGAUCCAGCAGCAGAACCCGGAGCUGAUCGAGCAGCUAAGGAACCACAUCCGCAGCCGCUCCUUCAGCGGCAGCGCCGAAGAACACUCCUGAGCCAGCGGCAGGUGUGCAGGAGAGAGUGAGUUUGGAGCGCAAGUCCGGCGGAGGAAACGAAGGCAAUCCCUCUCCACCCUUUCUUUCUGAUCACGAGCGGAGAGGGCGAGGGGCACGGGGCGAUGGAAGAUGGUGGGGACAGCCCAGAGGCAUUCUGGGAGAAACAGAGGGCAGGAUGAACGCCAUCGCGGUCCGAUUCUGACACUCUCACCCACCCCAUACUUCAUCCACAUCGGCACGGAUGGGAGACAUCUCACGAAAGUGUUAAGUCGUCACGAGGGACUGCGGUGCUGAAAUCUGGGAUGCUGUGUGUGGUGUCAGAAUAAGACCCCCUCUAUUUUUGUGUGCACAGAACCGAAACAUCAUUCACCAAUAGACUGGGUAUGUUGCAUUUCCUGUUUCGUGGCAGUGUGCAAAAAAACAUCUUCAGCUCUUUUCAUGAUAGCUGCCUGUGCACAUCAGGGUUUCUGUCUUUUUUUUAACAACACCAUUUAUUACAGUAAAGCAUUAUUUUGUGCCUAUUGAUUACAUAGAAGCACCAAUACUUUAUAUAUACCCAUGUGUAUGUAUGAAGUAGGGUUACAUUUGACGACACUGUAUGACAAUGAAAAUGUGUACAUUUUAGGGAACAGUAGACAUAUUUGUGGUGACAUCACUAGCAGUACUCUGUCCUGAUUGGAGCAGUGUUGGUAUGCCUAGUGUCAGCCUUAUUGAUUUUGCAUGAACUAGACCUGACAUUCAAAUGAAGAGUAUGAAAAUGCUUGUGAAUACAAAGCAGUGUCAUGUUUUGCCAAAAUAUGUUAAUAAAUGUCUUCAAA